AUUACCCGCCACUGUCUUAAUCGCAUAGUCGCGGCGUACUUAUCGAAAGAUCUCCCGUAAAGACGAUAAUAACUAUAACAGUUGCAUAAACCAACUGCGGUAAGCCAGCCGAUAUUAUUCGCCACUCAGUAGUCAGUAGCAUUUCGCCGGCCGGUCGAUUGACGUGAGCGCGUCUGGGUGGAGCGAUUAAUUUUGCAGUAGUCCGUUUGGUUGCCGCUGUAGUAAGUGCACGCGUUACAUUAAAAACCAUUUAUCAGUUUGCUAUCAAAGUGUAGACCGACAAACACGACGCACGCGCAAAAUGCGAGUGCACCACACCGAUACGUUUGGUCCAUUGUCGGCCGGACGCUACAGGACUAUCUGUAGGACCUCUUCAACGAUUCAUCAAGAAGACUGCGGAGAAGAUGAUACAACAUCUUGUAGCUGCGACAGCAGUCCAACCUCAGAGCAAACUUUAUUUGUUCGACCGCCCCGUAAGCCUCGUCGUCGAUCCGGUUCGUGGCCGAGAACGCGGUCACUCAACGCUCCCAGUCCUGUUCAGCAAUUUGGACCAUGUGGCCGUAUAAUGAAAAAUUCAGCUAUGGUUAUGACUAUUCAAGAUCCAGCAAGCCAAAGAUUAACAUGGUACAGAAAUCCAUUAUCUGUAUUAGUAAUAAAAAAAGUCAGAGACAUGUCAGUUCUGCCUCCAUUUAUACAACUUGUUAGAUGGUUGAUCCAAGAAAAGAGCAUGAUAGUUUUCGUUGAACAAUCUGUUAUGGAAGAUACUAUGCUCACGAGUAACACAGGAUUUAUAGAAGUCCGUGAAAAAUUAAAAUCAUUUCAAGAUGGUAAAGAUGAUCUGACGGAUAAAAUAGAUUUUAUUAUCUGCUUAGGCGGAGAUGGUACAUUACUUUAUGCCAGUCUCUUAUUUCAACAAUCUGUACCUCCUGUUAUGGCAUUUCAUUUGGGUUCUCUUGGGUUUUUAACACCAUUUAAGUUUGAUAAUUUCCAACAACAAGUAACUAAUGUUCUUGAAGGACAUGCUGCAUUGACACUUCGCAGUAGACUCAGGUGCAUAAUUGUAAGAAAAAAUGAAGAUUCUGAAAAACCUCCUCCAAAUUUACUAGUUCUUAAUGAGGUUGUUAUUGAUCGUGGACCAUCACCUUAUUUAUCUAACAUAGAUUUAUUUUUGGAUGGAAAACAUAUAACAUCUGUACAAGGAGAUGGUUUAAUUGUAUCAACACCCACUGGAAGCACAGCUUAUGCUGUGGCAGCUGGAGCAUCUAUGAUCCACCCGAGUGUCCCAGCCAUUAUGGUAACCCCUAUUUGUCCUCACUCAUUAUCAUUUAGACCAAUUGUUGUACCUGCUGGUGUUGAGCUCAAGAUUAUGUUGAGCCCAGAUGCCCGAUCAACUGCUUGGGUUUCAUUUGAUGGUAGGAACCAACAAGAGUUAUGUGCAGAUGAUAGCUUAAGAGUUACUACAUCAAUUUAUCCUGUACCAUCUAUUUGUGCUCAAGAUCAAAUUUCCGAUUGGUUUGAUUCACUAGCUGAGUGCUUACAUUGGAAUGUCCGUAAGAGGCAAAAACAUUUUGAAGAACUCUCUGAUCUGGCACAUUCUAGCUAUGACGACUCAUUAGACACUUCAUCAAAAAACAAUAUUUAUUAGUUUUUGGAUUAUCAGGGUGUUCAAAAUAAGUCUACAAAGCCUGCCUUAAAUUCUUGUUUAUCACCAUAGUGUAUAAUAACAACAUUGAUUCUUAAAUGAACUUUGUGGAUGUGGAAUAAUUCUUGUCGUUUUAAGUAAAUGUUUAAGGUACAUACCUCCUGAUGGUAUUGUAAGGUUAUAAUUUACCAAAUCAGUUUUAAUUUUGUACUGACUUAGUUUUAUCUUUUUAACAAUUUAGUAUAUAAUUUUGGUGAAAUAUAAGGUUUACAGAAUAAUAGAAUAGUUUAUAAAGUGUGAUAAGUUAAUGUACAAAACUAUUACCCACAUUUGUAAUUUUUUAUGUUUAAGUUAAUUGUUGGGAACAAUUAUUUCUUUGCAUUGAUUUUUUUUUUAUGAAUAUGAAUAAUUAUUGUUGCAUUUGUAGAAAAGUUGAUUAAAUAUUUGUUUUUGACAAGUA